GCUGGUCACUUUGGGCAUAGCCCCACCGCGAUCCUCGUCGUCGGUAGUCCACUCUUCGCUUCUUCAAUCCCUCAGAUCCUCCUCUUCCUUCUCAUUAUUUCAAUAUUACGCUUUUGCCACAAUUCGGGGUUUUGUUUUCUCUCUUCUCUUCUAUUCUAUCUAUCUCCUACACAAGAAACAAGGGCGAAUGGUUAUUAUUUGAAAGGAAAAGAAGAAAAAUUGAAAAGAGGCGAAGGCAAUGAAGGCAGGGAGUGCUGCCAAGUUAAUCGUUGAUGCUCUUCUCCAGCGCUUCCUCCCUCUCGCACGACGUCGUAUUGAAACCGCCCAAGCCCAGGAUGGGCAGUACCUGCGACCAUCUGAUCCCGCCUACGAGCAAGUCCUCGAUUCACUCGCCAUGGUUGCGCGCCACACCCCGAUGCCUCUAUUGGAAGCUCUUUUGAGAUGGAGAGAGGGUGAAUCUCCAAAGGGUACGAAUGAUGCAUCUACAUUCCAAAGAAAGCUUGCGGUUGAAUGCAUAUUUUGCUCAGCGUGCAUUCGCUUCGUGGAGUGUUGUCCUCAAGAAGGGCUUACUGAGAAGCUGUGGUCUGGUCUUGAAAGUUUUGCUUUUGACUGGCUGAUAAAUGCGGACAGGGUUGUUAGCCAGGUUGAAUAUCCAUCGUUGGUUGAUUUAAGGGGGCUUCUUCUGGACUUAGUUGCUCAAUUCUUAGGUGCUUUAUCCCGCAUCAGAUUUAGUUCUGUUACUGAGCGUUUUUUCAUGGAACUUAAUACCCGUCGAAUUGACACCAGCGCAGCAAGAAGUGAAACCCUCAGUAUCAUUAAUGGCAUGCGAUACCUGAAGCUUGGGGUGAAAACUGAGGGUGCAUUGAAUGCAUCUGCUUCAUUUGUGGCUAAAGCAAACCCUUUAAACCGUGCUCCCCACAAACGAAAAAGUGAGCUUUACCAUGCUCUAUGCAAUAUGCUUUCAAAUAUCCUUGCGCCUCUUGCAGAUGGUGGAAAAAGCCAGUGGCCACCUUCUGGUGUGGAGCCAGCGCUUACGUUUUGGUAUGAAGCUGUUGGACGUAUAAGAGUUAUGCUUGUGCAUUGGAUGGAUAAACAGAGCAAGCACAUUGCAGUUGGGUACCCAUUGGUCACUCUUCUUCUCUGUCUUGGUGAUCCUCUAAUAUUUAACAACAACUUAAGUCCUCACAUGGAGCAACUCUACAAACUUCUCAGGGAUAAAAAUCAUCGAUUCAUGGCUUUGGAUUGUCUCCAUCGAGUUUUAAGAUUUUACUUAAGUGUCCAUGCAUUUAAUCAGGCUCCAAAUCGUAUAUGGGAUUACCUUGACAGUGUAACUUCACAACUCUUAACGGUUCUAAGGAAGGGAUUGCUUACACAAGAUGUCCAACAUGAUAAACUUGUUGAAUUUUGUGUAACUAUUGCCGAACACAACCUUGAUUUUGCCAUGAACCAUAUGAUACUGGAAUUGUUAAAGCAAGAUAGCUCUAGUGAAGCAAAGGUUAUUGGUCUCCGUGCCUUGCUUGCUAUUGUGAUGUUGCCUUCAAGUCAGCAUUUUGGCUUGGACAUUUUUAAAGGUCAUGAUAUUGGUCAUUACAUUCCAAAAGUGAAAGCUGCAAUUGAGGCAAUAUUGAGGUCAUGUCAUAGAACCUAUAGUCAAGCACUUUUGACAUCAUCAAGGACCACUAUAGAUGCUGUAACCAAGGAAAAGUCACAAGGUUAUUUGUUCCGGUCUGUGCUAAAGUGCAUCCCAUAUCUAAUUGAAGAAGUUGGGCGAAGUGAUAAAAUUACUGAAAUAAUACCACAACAUGGCAUAAGUAUUGACCCCGGUGUACGUGAGGAAGCAGUGCAAGUACUAAACCGUAUUGUGAAAUACCUACCGCAACGUCGUUUUGCAGUAAUGAAGGGGAUGGCCAACUUCAUAUUACGACUUCCUGAUGAAUUCCCUCUUCUCAUCCAAACUUCAUUAGGGCGCCUGUUGGAACUAAUGCGUUUUUGGAGGUCUUGUCUAAUAGAUGAUAGGAUGCAACUCGAUGCAGAGGAAAAAUCUUUGGGACAUGAAACUGAGAGAUUCGGAAAACCUUCUUUCCAACAAUCAGGUGAAGCAAUUGAAUUUCGUGCUUCAGAAAUUGACGCAGUUGGCCUCAUAUUCCUUAGUUCUGUUGAUAGUCAAAUUAGGCACACGGCAUUGGAAUUGUUGCGUUGUGUUCGUGCACUGAGAAAUGAUAUUCGUGAUCUGAGGAUACAAGAGCAACCAAAUCAUAUUAUAAAAUAUGAAGCUGAACCAAUAUUUAUAAUUGAUGUUCUGGAAGAACAUGGGGAUGAGAUUGUUCAGAACUGUUAUUGGGACUCGGGGAGGCCUUUUGAUUUGAAACGAGAAUCUGAUGCCAUACCUCCUGAUAUGACGCUUCAAUCUAUAAUAUUUGAGAGCCCUGACAAGAACAGGUGGGCUCGCUGUCUAAGUGAACUAGUCAAAUAUGCUGCCGAGCUUUGUCCGAGCUCUGUUCAGGAUGCAAAGCUAGAAGUUAUGCAACGUCUUACCCAUAUCACACCUAUUGAGCUGGGUGGAAAAGCUCAUCAGUCACAAGAUGUUGAUAAUAAACUGGAUCAGUGGCUUAUGUAUGCAAUGUUUGUCUGUUCAUGCCCACCAUCAGCUCGAGAAUCAGGCGGAAUUGGAGCAACCAAAGAUCUUUACCAUCUUAUUUUCCCUUCUCUAAAAUCUGGAUCUGAUGCUCAAUGUCAAGCAGCCACCAUGGCUCUUGGCCGCUCACACCUAGAGGCAUGUGAAAUCAUGUUUGGUGAACUUGCAACUUUUAUGGAUGAGAUUUCUUCUGAGACAGAAGGAAAACCAAAAUGGAAGAGUCAAAAGGUUCGCCGAGAAGAACUUCGUGUCCACAUUGCCAAUAUAUAUCGCACAGUUGCAGAAAAUAUAUGGCCUGGCAUGCUAGCCCGCAAGCCUGUGUUCCGCCUCCAUUAUCUUAGGUUCAUUGAAGAGACAACCAGACUAAUCUCAACAUCUCCCCCUGAAAAUUUUCAGGAAAUACAACCCUUCCGCUAUGCUCUUGCCUGUGUUCUAAGAUCCUUGGCCCCCGAAUUUGUUGAUUCAAAAUCAGAAAAAUUUGAUGUUAGAACUAGAAAGCGUCUGUUUGAUCUUCUCCUCUCAUGGUCCGAUGACACAGGAAGUGCAUGGGGUCAGGAAGGUGUCAAUGACUAUCGACGUGAGGUCGAUCGUUACAAGUCUUCUCAACAUGCAAGGUCAAAAGAUUCUGUGGAUAAAAUAUCAUUUGACAAAGAAUUGAAUGAACAAAUUGAGGCAAUCCAGUGGGCGUCCUUGAAUGCAAUAGCAUCACUUUUAUAUGGGCCAUGCUUUGAUGACAAUGCAAGGAAAAUGAGUGGCCGUGUCAUAUCUUGGAUUAAUGCUUUCUUUAUGGAGCCUACUGCAAGGGCUCCAUUUGGAUUUUCACCUGCUGAUCCAAGAACUCCAUCAUAUACCAAGUAUCAAGUGGAAGGUGGUCGAGGAAAUGCUGGUCGUGAUAGGCUUAGAGGUGGCCAACAUCGUGUUUCGUUAGCUAAAUUAGCUCUGAAGAAUCUUCUGCUCACAAAUUUGGACCUAUUUCCGUCGUGCAUUGAUCAGUGCUACUACUCUAACUCUUCAGUAGCUGACGGGUACUUUAGUGUACUAGCUGAGGUGUACAUGCGUCAAGAGAUACCAAACUGUGAAAUACAGAGACUCCUAAGUUUGAUCCUUUACAAGGUGGUGGACCCAUCUAGACAAAUCCGUGAUGAUGCCCUUCAGAUGCUUGAGACACUUUCUAUUCGUGAAUGGGCCGAGGAUGGCAUCGAGGGAUCGGGAAGUUAUCGAGCUGCUGUAGUGGGUAAUCUUCCAGAUUCCUACCAACAAUUCCAGUACAAGCUUUCCUGUAAGCUUGCCAAAGAUCAUCCUGAACUGAGUCAACUUCUGUGUGAAGAGAUUAUGCAGAGGCAACUGGAUGCUGUUGAUAUAAUUGCUCAGCAUCAAGUUUUAACAUGCAUGGCUCCAUGGAUUGAGAACCUUAACUUCUGGAAACUCAAGGAAGGCUGGAGUGAAAGGUUAUUGAAAAGUUUAUACUACGUAACAUGGCGGCAUGGAGACCAAUUCCCUGAUGAAAUUGAAAAACUUUGGAGUACAAUUGCUAGCAAAAAUAAGAAUAUUAGUCCUGUUUUAGACUUCUUGAUCACAAAAGGUAUUGAAGACUGUGAUUCAAAUGCAUCAACUGAAAUAAGUGGUGCAUUUGCGACAUAUUUCAGUGUUGCAAAACGGGUUAGUCUGUAUUUAGCACGAAUAUGCCCUCAACGCACUAUAGAUCACCUGGUUUUCCAGUUGUCUCAGCGAUUACUGGAGGAUAGCAUUGAGCCAGUUGGGCAAACAUCAACUAAGGGUGAUGCUGGUGCCAAUUUUGUGUUAGAAUUCUCGCAAGGUCCUGCUGUAGCCCAAAUUACAUCGGUUAUGGAUAACCAACCACACAUGUCCCCAUUGCUUGUAAGAGGUUCUCUUGAUGGACCACUUAGAAAUGUUAGUGGGAGCUUGAGCUGGAGAACAGCAGGUAUGACAGGCCGAAGUGUCUCAGGCCCAUUAAGUCCAAUGCCUCCAGAAUUGAAUGUUGUUCCAGUAAAUGCAGCGCGAUCUGGGCAGCUCCUUCCAUCAUUGGUAAACAUGUCAGGACCCUUAAUUGGUGUUAGAGGUUCAACAGGGAGUUUGCGGAGCCGUCAUCUUUCACGUGAUAGUGGAGAUUAUCUUGUUGACACACCAAACUCUGGUGAAGAUGGUCUGCAUCCUGUGAGUGGGCAUGGUAUCAAUGCAAAAGAACUUCAAUCAGCAUUGCAGGGUCAUCAGCAGCAUUCACUUACACAUGCAGAUAUAGCAUUGAUUCUUCUUGCUGAAAUUGCAUAUGAAAAUGACGAAGACUUCCGCCAAUACUUGCCUUUACUCUUCCAUGUCAUUUUUGUUUCAAUGGAUAGCUCAGAAGACAUUGUACUGGAGCAUUGCCAGCAUUUGCUUGUUAAUCUGCUAUAUUCUAUUGCAGGCCGCCAUUUAGAGCAGUAUGAGGUUGAAAAUAAUGAUAGAGAGAACAAGCAGCAGGUUGUUAGCCUGAUUAAAUAUGUACAAUCAAAGCGAGGAAGCAUGAUGUGGGAGAAUGAGGAUCCUACUGUUGUCAGAACAGAGCUGCCAAGUGCAGCCCUUCUUUCUGCCCUAGUUCAGAGCAUGGUGGAUGCUAUCUUCUUCCAAGGAGACCUUCGUGAGACUUGGGGAGAAGAAGCACUUAGAUGGGCUAUGGAGUGCACUUCACGACACCUUGCUUGUCGUUCACAUCAGAUCUACCGAGCACUUAGACCCAGCGUAACAAGUGAUGCUUGUGUGUCCCUUCUCCGGUGCCUACAUAGAUGUCUGGGGAAUCCAAUACCUCCUGUACUGGGAUUUAUUAUGGAAAUUUUGAUGACAUUGCAAGUUAUGGUGGAGAAUAUGGAGCCAGAGAAGGUCAUACUUUAUCCUCAGCUAUUUUGGGGGUGUGUAGCUAUGAUGCACACGGAUUUUGUCCAUGUCUACCGACAGGUUUUAGAGCUCUUUUCUCAUGUUAUUGAUCGUCUAUCAUUCCGUGAUCACACUACAGAAAAUGUUCUUCUCUCAAGCAUGCCUAGAGAUGUUAAUACUAGUGAUUUAGCAGAAUUUCAACGUAUAGAAUCCAAAAAUUAUGAACCUCUACAAGAGGGUAAUUUGCCAGCAUUUGAAGGAGUACAACCUCUUGUUCUGAAGGGACUUACGUCAAAUGUCAGCCACAGUGUUUCUAUUGAUGUCCUGUCCCGUAUAACGGUGCAUUCAUGUGAUUCUAUAUUUGGUGAUGCUGAGACAAGACUCCUUAUGCAUAUUAUAGGAUUGCUCCCAUGGCUUUGCCUUCAACUCAGCAAAGACCCAGUGAUAGGUUCUGCUUCCCCACUUCAACAUCAAUAUCAAAAAGCUUGCUCCGUUGCAGCGAAUAUUGCAAUUUGGUGCCGAGCAAAGUCCUUGGAUGAACUAGCUACCGUAUUUAUGAUUUACUCUCGAGGUGAGAUCAAGAGCAUAGAUAAUUUUCUAGCCUGUGUUUCGCCCCUCCUAUGCAAUGAAUGGUUUCCAAGACAUUCAACUUUGGCCUUUGGACACUUGUUAAGGCUACUGGAGAGGGGACCUGUUGAGUAUCAACGCGUUAUUCUACUUAUGCUCAAAGCUCUCCUUCAGCAUACUCCAAUGGAUGCAGCCCAAAGUCCGCAAAUCUACGCAAUUGUUUCCCAAUUGGUGGAAAGCACUCUCUGUUGGGAAGCACUAAGUGUGCUUGAAGCCCUUCUACAAAGUUGCAGUUCAUUGAAUGGUGCUCACCCGCAUGAACUUGGCUCGCUUGAGAAUGGAAUUGGUGGUACUGAAGAAAAGUUGCUUGUUCCACAGACCUCAUUCAAGGCACGCAGCGGCCCUCUGCAGUAUAGUAUAGGAUCAGCAUUCGGCACGGUGUCUACAGUGACACAGGGUGGACCAAACGAGUCUGGGACUUCAGCAAGAGAGGCGAGAGAGUUAGCUCUGCAGAAUACUCGCCUGAUUCUAGGGAGGGUAUUGGAUAGAAGUGCAUUAGGUAGGAGAAAGGACCAGAAAAAGUUGGUCCCUUUUGUGGCCAAUAUUGGUAACCCGUGAUCUGCAUAGUAAGAGAUGUAUAUAUUCUGUCCAAAGAUGUAGUGAUUAAUCCAGAAUAGGGGGUUUGUAAAUAGGCAUCUAAAUAUUGGUUUCACAGUUUGUAUCUUUAUGUGUAGUUUAGCAGCACGCGUUUGAUGUCAAUAUCAUGCAUAAUGUAUCCGUCGUAAGUAACAUUCUAUUAUAGUAUACUACUAUACUGUUAUUCUAUUGUCCUCUCAAUCUUUAAUUUUUCUCCAAGAAA